GAAGUCUAAAACCCCCCUCAAAAAUCAGACGACGACAGCGUUGGAGCUUUCCUUUGAUAUGAUAGAGGAUAUACUCUCAUGGGUUUCAUCUAGAUCUCUUCCACGAUUAAAAUCCAUCUGCAAACCUUGGGAAACCCUAAUCACAGAUUCAAGAUUCAUGAAGAAGCACUUGUAACACAUGCGUGGCCGUGAGCAACAAUUCACUGUCUUCAACAACGUUUCCAGUUCCGAAGUUUCUAACAACUUGUCUGGUUCCACAGAUUCUUGUGUCGGUAUCGAUUUCGACGAACUCGAAAACCCUUGUUUGAAUUUGCAGGUUUUUCAACCAAUUUCGACAUUAAAUUGUUUGGUACAGAACAUGUAUCAUUGUGAUGAUUUAUUGUUAUGAGAACCAAAAAACUUUAGUGGGUUGUUGUUGAUGAAAGCUUUAAUGGGUUCUUAGAGUUACCAGAUUCUAGUGUGUGUUUGAGAGGAACUCCUUAUUGGUUAGGUUAUCUAAAUGGUGUACCUUAUGGGACGAUACAGAGUUUCGAUUUCUAUAAACAGAGAUUUAAGUCUUUGUUUCUUACUCCUUCAUGCGUUGUGUCUGAGAAGUUGGAGAAUUCUCUUUCUUUAGGGGUUUUCAGAGGAGAUCGACUUUCGUUGUUACAUAAGUCCCGAGUAACAAGUAAGAUACACUUGUGGGUGAUGAAGAAGCAUUGGAGUAGGUUGAUGACAGUUGGUCUACCUGAAUUUCCCAUGUGUCCGAAGUAUUCAAGUUACUUCAUUGAGAAUCAUGGUAAAAUUGUGCUAUCUAUUCAUCACUUAGGGUCUAUUAGUAUCUACAUUGUUGGAGAGGAUCAAGAAUGUCAAAAAGUUAAAUAUUCUUCUAUGGAUCGUUCAGUUGGUGGUUCUGGUUGCUACUAUGUUCCGAGCUUGCUUCCGGUUCCCGGUUUUCUCUAGGCGGGAAGAAGAAAGGUCAGGUUAUGACUAUGGAAACAAAAAGAAAGAUUGACUCAAAGAAUGAUGUCAUGGUUUUUCUUGUUGUUGUUGGGUUUUGUCACUACAUUUGAAACUGUGUUAUUUUAACUUUUUAACGAAGAAAGAGUAUGCAGCUUUCAUCGAGACUGUUUGUCCUUCAUGCGGUAGUACCCCUGCGUGUUGUAGUUCCACAGUUUCUUGUGUGGGUAUUGAUUUCCACAAACCUGAAAAAUCUGGUUGGAUAUUGCAGUUUUCAAAAGCUAAUUCCUUGGCGGUCAAU